AGGAGGAGGAGGAGGAAGAUGGUAGCCGCGGGAGGAACGGCCGGCUGCUGGGCUUUCCGCCCUGCACUGCAUCGCCGCCCCCGCCGGAGCCGCCCUGCCUGCUGAGGAGGCGGCGCGGACCCGCACCAGGAGAAGCUGUUUGAUAACAAUGAUUGCCAGAAUCAGAGUCGUGCAUCCUUCCUUGGCUCCAAGUUAGUGAUCCGUGGGGAAAGUGCUGGAGCAAAGCUGUGAUAGACAAAAUGUCAGCAGAAUAAGUGACCUACUCUCCAAAACUUGCCAUGAACCAUUUGGUUGGACCACCUGAGGGGGAGAUCAGUGAAGAGCCAGCAAACAGAGCAGUGAGUGAGUCAGUGGAAGCUGACCUGGAGCACUCAGAGGUGGAAGAGGAACAGAGGUAUGUGGUUCGCUACCCAGGGCACACCAACAGCAGCCACGUGGGCCUGUCUGGGCAGGAGGAGGAAGGCAUGUUAGCUCGGUCAGCCAGCACUGAGAGUGGUUUCCACAAUCACACGGAUACUGCAGAAGGGGAUGUGAUAGCCACAGUGGAGGACAGUUACGACGUUGAGAGAGUGCAGGAAAACGAGGAUGAGAGUGCAUAUGCAGUGCAGUACAGGCCUGAGUCUGAGGAGUAUACGGAGAAUGCCGAGGCGGAGCAUGGCGAAGCCAUUCAUAACCGAACAUUACCCAAUCACUUACAUUUCCAUUCCAUUGAGCACGAGGAAGCCAUGAAUGCAGCCUAUUCGGGUUACGUAUACACACAUCGCCUCUUCCACCGAGGAGAGGAUGAACAGUAUGCCGAGGCUUAUGCUGACUAUGGGCUGCAGGAGCACGUGUAUGAGGAAAUAGGAGACACACCAGAUCUUGAUGGUAGGGAGGGCAUCCAGCAGUAUGAGCGGGAGAGAGAGGAAGCUGACAAUUACCGCAAGGAGGCACUUGGUGCCCGCCUUCACCAUUAUGAUGAACGGUCUGAUGGAGAGUCUGACAGUCCUGAAAAGGAAGCAGAGUUUGCACCCUACCCAAGAAUGGAUAGUUAUGAACAAGAGGAGGACAUUGAUCAGAUCGUAGCAGAGGUGAAGCAGAGCAUGAGCUCCCAGAGCUUAGACAAGGCAGCUGAAGACAUGCCAGAGUCAGAGCAGAGUUUGGAGCACAACCAGGCUCUUGUCAGUGGUGGGCAUGAAAGUAAUGGUCAGCUAACAUCUGGUUCUCGAGUUACAUCUGGCUCGGGAGAAUCUGUACAGAGGUACAGCAAGGAAAAAAGAGAUGCAAUUUCCCUGGCUAUCAAGGAUAUUAAAGAGGCUAUUGAAGAAGUGAAGACAAGGACCAUCCGUUCUCCUUAUACCCCUGAUGAACCUAAGGAGCCUAUCUGGGUGAUGCGGCAGGACAUCAGUCCAUCCAGAGAUUCUGAUGACCAGAGGCCACUAGAUGGGGAUUCUCCAUCUCCAGGUUCCUCUUCACCUCGAGGUGCUGAAUCAUCAAGCAGACAACAUCACCAGGAUGUCUGCAGUACAGCAGAGGCUUCCACUAAUAAAGAGUCCAGAAAAAGCUUGGCUUCAUUUCCAACGUAUGUUGAAGUUCCUGGACCUUGUGAUCCUGAAGACUUAAUUGAUGGAAUCAUUUUUGCUGCCAAUUACCUUGGUUCAACUCAACUCCUUUCUGAUAAAACUCCAUCCAAGAAUGUGAGAAUGAUGCAGGCUCAGGAAGCUGUCAGCAGGAUCAAGAUGGCCCAGAAAUUAGCCAAAAGCAGGAAGAAGGCUCCAGAAGGUGAAUCUCAACCCAUGACUGAAGUGGACCUCUUCAUUUCUACACAGAGAAUAAAAGUACUGAAUGCAGACACACAGGAAACCAUGAUGGAUCAUCCCCUGCGGACCAUUUCUUAUAUUGCUGAUAUAGGAAAUAUAGUUGUUUUGAUGGCUCGUAGGCGAAUGCCACGCUCUAACUCCCAGGAUAAUGUAGAAGCAUCUCACCCCUCUCAAGAUGGAAAGAGGCAGUACAAAAUGAUUUGUCAUGUCUUUGAGUCUGAGGAUGCGCAGCUGAUUGCACAGUCCAUAGGUCAAGCAUUUAGUGUGGCCUACCAAGAAUUUCUGAGGGCAAAUGGCAUCAACCCUGAAGACCUUAGCCAGAAGGAAUAUAGCGACUUGCUUAAUACCCAGGACAUGUACAAUGAUGAUCUGAUUCACUUCUCCAAAUCUGAAAAUUGCAAAGAUGUUUACAUUGAAAAGCAAAAGGGAGAAAUUCUAGGUGUGGUGAUUGUGGAGUCUGGUUGGGGAUCCAUUUUGCCUACAGUUAUCAUAGCCAACAUGAUGCAUGGAGGACCAGCAGAGAAGUCUGGGAAGCUGAACAUAGGGGACCAGAUCAUGUCAAUCAAUGGGACCAGCUUGGUUGGUUUACCACUCUCAACAUGUCAGAGCAUUAUAAAGGGUUUGAAAAAUCAGGCCCGGGUUAAACUGAACAUAGUUAGGUGUCCUCCAGUAACCACAGUCUUGAUCAGAAGACCAGACCUCAGAUAUCAGUUGGGCUUCAGUGUGCAGAAUGGGAUCAUCUGUAGCCUUAUGAGAGGAGGCAUAGCAGAGCGAGGAGGUGUGCGUGUUGGCCAUCGAAUCAUUGAAAUCAAUGGGCAGAGCGUUGUAGCAACACCCCAUGAGAAAAUUGUUCACAUCCUCUCAAAUGCUGUUGGUGAGAUCCAUAUGAAGACUAUGCCAGCUGCCAUGUACAGACUGUUGACUGCACAAGAGCAACCAGUUUACAUCUGAAGCUGACACCUCACCGCCAUAGUGUACAUGGAAGAUGUUUUUUCUCAUUAGUGCUUGUCUCUCUAGUGCUGCAUUUCUGUGUCUGCAAAGACAUUUCUUUCCCCCCCGCCCCAUCACAGACACAAAUACACUGUUGCUCUCCCCUUCGUCCCUUUUUCCUCUUCUUCCCACCAUUUUCUUGCAUUUUGAUAAGGGGCAAAAUGUAUCUGUGGAACUAUUUUGGUUGCAUCUUUUUACAAGUGAAACUUCAUAUAGCUCUACAUGCAAAACAGGAAGAUAAUAGUAGCAUAGUUUACAGCAGUAUUCACAGAUGGCUCUAUUUCAUGCUACAUAAUCAGUUUUAUUUCUGUGGCUGUAAUUUUACAAACUGAGUAAAUUAAAUGUUGCUGAAGGAAAAAUAAUUACUUUACCAAAUAGAUAGAAGUAUAGGGUAAAAGGUGUCCUCUUGGAUAUCCUGCCUGUGACUUUGCUUCUCUUGCCCUAUUUUCUCACAGGCACCAAAGUACUAAAGGUUUGUGUCUAAGUGGAAAGUAGAAUACCAAAAGGAUUAUUUUGCCCUCAGGAAAAAUUGCCUGCUUAUAAAGACUCAGUAAAUGCUGCUGUUGUAAAAUGAAUUGUCCAAAUACACACCUUUUAAUUCCU